AUGCCAGUUCAAGCAAAAGGCAUGGUUUCACUUCAAGUCUUCAUCUCAGCCGACUGCCGAACUUACGAACAAGGUUGCUAUCGUAUCUCUCAGAAGAAGAAGAGAAUACUCGAUCAUCCAGAAAUGGCACCUACAUUCUAUGUUGGUUCAGAAGCUGGUCUCAAGAAGCUCGAUGAGUACCUCUUAACCCGUAGUUACAUCACUGGGUACCAAGCUUCAAAGGAUGAUCUCACUGUUCAUGCUGCUUUCACAAAACAACCAUCAUCCCAAUAUGUCAAUGUAUCUCGUUGGUUCAACCACAUUGAUGCACUUCUAAGAAUCUCUGGUGUUUCUGCUGAAGGAAGUGGCGUUACUGUUGAGGGAUCUGCUUCUUUCCCUGAAGAAGCCAUUGCAACCCCUCCUGUUAAUGGAACAAAGGCUGCAGUUGAUGAAGAUGAAGACAGUGAUGUGGAUCUUUUUGGUGAGGAAACCGAAGAGGAAAAGAAAGCUGCUGAAGAACGUGCAGCAAAAGCAAAAGCAUCUGGAAAGAAGAAAGAAUCUGGAAAGUCUUCAGUUUUGAUGGAUGUAAAGCCAUGGGAUGAUGAAACUGACAUGAAGAAGCUUGAAGAGGCUGUGAGAAGUGUUCAUUUGGAUGGCUUGCUUUGGGGUGCAUCAAAGCUUGUUCCAGUUGGGUAUGGAAUCAAGAAGCUUCAGAUCAUGAUGACUAUUGUUGAUGAUUUGGUAGCUGUGAUAUUGUUGCCUUCAACAAGAUCUAGAUGUGAGCUCAUGGUUUAUGAUUUUCUUUGAUCUAUCAAAUGGAAAACCAUCUAUCGGUUUUAUCUUUCCAAUUUUGAUUUUGUUUAGUGACUAUGGAUUUAUGUUGGAAGACUCAUUGAUUCUGAGAAAAAAAUGAAGUUUUUAUUGGAUUUGUCCUUAUUGUUGAAUUAUAGUAUCAAAUCUCAAAAAGGUAUUGUGAACAUAUUUAAA